CAGCGGCGGAUUUAUUACCGGGGCCUCCACCCAGCUUGGCGGACUUAGGACUUGAAGCUGGGAGGAAGGAAACCCAGAAAGCAGUCCCGGGAGCAGGCAGCUCGGGGGUGCAGCGGAGGCCGAGAUGGCCAAGUUUCUUUCCCAGGACCAAAUUAAUGAGUACAAGGAAUGCUUCUCCCUGUAUGACAAGCAACAGCGGGGGAAGAUAAAAGCCACGGACCUCAUAGUGGCGAUGAGGUGCCUGGGGGCCAGCCCUACACCAGGGGAGGUGCAGCGGCACCUGCAGACUCACAAGAUAGACAAAAACGGGGAGCUGGAUUUCUCCACUUUCCUGACCAUGAUGCACAUGCAAAUCAAACAAGAGGACCCAAAGAAAGAGAUUCUCUUGGCCAUGCUGAUGGCGGACAAGGAGAAGAAGGGCUACAUCAUGGCGUCGGAGCUGCGGUCCAAACUCACGAAGCUGGGGGAGAAGCUCACCCACAAGGAAGUGGAUGAUCUUUUCAGAGAAGCAAAUAUAGACCCAAACGGCAAAGUGAAGUAUGAUGAAUUUAUCCAGAAGAUCGCCAUUCCUGUGCCCGACUACUGAAUGGAGAGGAUGCAAGAGAGCCUCCCCUGGGCCUGAAAACCAGCGGAUGGAAUUUUAACAAGAAAAGUGUUCCUUUCACUCUAGGGAGACAGCACAGCGGCAUGGCGCUCUCCGACGGUAGCAGAGGAUAACGUAGCAAUGAAAAUAAAUGAUUUCGGCUAUGGUA